AUGGAAGUAGCACAAGCGCCGCUACAAUUGACACAAGAUCAUCAAGAUGGAAGAAUGACAGCAGAAGAGAGUACAUCGCCAUUGAGAUGGUCACCGCCGACGUCAGCGGCGCUGGUGGCAGCCGCUUUGGCACCACCGGCGCUUCGUCCCUGGCUUCCAGAGCCCCCUACAAAGAAGGCCAAUCACUUGGGAUUGGUGUGUGUUGUAUGCGGCGAUACCAGCUCGGGAAAACACUACGGGAUCCUUGCCUGCAACGGAUGCAGUGGAUUCUUCAAGCGUUCGGUUAGACGGAAACUAAUAUACAGAUGUCAGGCUGGCACUGGAAGGUGCGUGGUGGACAAGGCUCACAGGAACCAAUGUCAAGCAUGUCGUCUCAAGAAAUGCCUCGCCAUGGGAAUGAACAAAGACGCGGUUCAAAACGAGAGGCAGCCUCGCAACACAGCGACUAUACGACCGGAGGCGCUUCGAGACAUGGACCAGGAGAGAGCGUUGAGAGAGGCCGCAGUCGCUGUUGGUGUUUUUGGACCGCCAGUGUCCCUCGCAAUGGCACUUUCCCCGGCGCGCUACCCUCUCUUGUCACCGCACUACGCGCCGCUUCCGCCGCCGCAAGCGACGCAACCUCCACUACCCGACUCGUCACACGACAACGACGACAACAACCCGCACACAGAUAGCGAUGAUGACAGCAUCGACGUCACCAACGAGGAAGAUUCCACGUCGUAUUCUCCUCCAGCAAUACCAAGCUACCCUCAAAACUGUCCGCCGUAUAGACCUUUGGGAGUUGAAAGUUCCGCAGAGACAGCAGCUCGGUUGCUGUUCAUGGCCGUCAAAUGGGCGAAGAACCUACCUUCCUUUGCUAGCCUGGCCUUCAGAGAUCAAGUGAUACUGCUCGAAGAAGCGUGGUCGGAGUUAUUCUUGUUGAAUGCGAUACAAUGGUGCUUGCCUUUAGACGCCGCUUGCACUGCUUUAUUCGGAAGCGAACAGACGGAUCAAGAAAAUGGCGUGAACUCGGCAACCUUGCGUCGGCUUCGUGAAGUGUUGGCUAGAUACAGAGCCGUGCUGGUCGACCCCGCGGAGUUCGCUUGUAUGAAAGCGAUUGUACUUUUUAAGUCAGAGACCCGUGGUCUAAAAGACCCGUUACAGAUUGAGAACCUCCAAGACCAGGCGCAAGUGAUGUUGAUGACUCACGCCAGAACCGCUCACGGAGCUGCCCCCGCGAGGUUCGGGAGGUUGUUGUUGCUGCUUCCUUUGUUACGUCUGGUCACCCCACAACAUCUGGAGCGUGAAUUUUUUGCGAAAACCAUAGGACAGACGCCGAUGGAGAAAGUUUUGGCUGAUAUGUACAAGAAUUAA